AUGUUCAGCACCACGGAUGAGAAGUUCCAUGCUAAACUCAGAAAGGCCGUGUCGAAUGCAUAUGCGAUGAGUACACUGGUCCAAUUCGAACCUUUGGUUGAUUCCACCACAUUGGCUUUCCUGGGUCAGCUUGAAGAGAGGUUUGCGGGCAAAACAGGUGUAGCAGGCAUAUGUGACUUCUCAAAAUGGCUCCAAUAUUACGCAUUCGAUGUCAUUGGCGAGCUCACUUAUUCCAAGCGCCUAGGUUUCGUGGAUAGAGGUGCUGAUAUCGAUGGCAUUAUUGGGAAUCUGGAAUGGCUUCUCAAUUAUGCUGCCAUAGUUGGACAAAUCCCGAUCCUGGAUCGUGUCUUUCUCAAGAACCCGUUGAGAUUGUUCGUCAGCCAGAUCGGACUUAUAAGCUCCAAUACGCCCGUAGCGACUUUCGCCAGAAACCGUAUUGCCAGUCGACAAGAUUUCGAGCAGGCUCAGGAAAAACCAGCAGCCACAUCUGAUGGACAGCGAGCAAGGAGAGAUUUCUUGUCAAGGUUCACUGAAGCCAAUCACAAAGACCCUGAGUUCAUCACUACGGAGCGUGUUUUGGCGCUGACCGUCGCGAACAUGUUUGCUGGCAGCGACACGACCGCGAUUAGCUUGCGGGCAGUGUUCUACUACCUGUUGAGAAAUCCUGAAGACAUGGAGAGCCUGAUGGAGGAACUCCGGGCACAACGGGAACAUGGAAAAUUCUCUGAUCCAAAUGGUCUUGUCAACUGGAACGAUGUCAGGGAGUUGCCGUACCUGAGCGCUGUGAUCAAAGAAGCUCUUCGAUGCCAUCCCGCCGCCGGACUCAUGCUUGAACGAAUCGUGCCUCGUCAAGGUGUCGAGAUUUGUGGCAAGUUCAUUCCCGGUGGGACAAUUGUCGGAUGCAGUGCUUGGACGGUGCAUAGAGACAGUCUUUUCGGCCCGAACACAGAGAGCUUUCGUCCGAGGAGAUGGCUCGAGGCAUCGGCAGAACAAAAAAGGCAAAUGGACAAGGCUCUCUUCACUUUUGGGGCUGGCUCCCAUACAUGUAUCGGCAAAAACAUCAGUCUGCUCGAAAUGUACAAGCUUGUUCCAGCGCUACUGAUGAAAUUUGAGAUUGAGUUGGCAGAUCCAACGAGGACAUGGGAACUGCACAACGCGUGGUUUGUCAAACAAUCUGAAUUCAAGGUGCGCCUCCGUCGCAGAACUUAA